AUGAAGGGACUUGUUCUUGGACUCGCCUCGUUGGGCCUCGCCAGCGCUGUUCCUCGCGCCGAACAGGCGGCCGUACCGUUCCGUCGGGGCUGUCAGGUCUCGGACGAUGGCGCCAUUCAAGCCCGUGAUGCUGCCGCUUUCCACCUCACUAGCAAGUCGGCAACGGCCCGCCGUCAGACCUACCCCGGCAAUUUCACCGUCGACGUGAACUUCCACAUUGCCAGCACCGAAGUCGAGGCAGACCUCAUCACCGACGCCAUCGUCGAUGCCCAGUGGAAAAUUCUGCACGACAGCUUCGCAAAGUACAGCAUCAACCUCGUCCUCAACUCCACCGAGCGCGUUGUCGACAACCUCACAGGCUCAGCCUUCCUGAUCAAUGAGGGAGGCUCCGCCGGCUGGGUCUACCAUGAGGCCGAGUACAACGCCUACCUCAAGGCCUCCCGCAAGGGCGGCUACGACGCCCUUAACCUCUACUUCUUCAGCAGCUACUCUCCCGGCGCCACGGGGUACUGCCAGUUCCCUACCAUUCUUCCCGCAGAGGGGACGGACAGCUUGACCUUCGCCAAGGACUCAUGCCAGCUCAGCGCUAUGACGAUGCCGGGCUUUACUGUCGAGCAGGGCGGCUUUGAAAACUGGAACCUCGGCCACCUUGCUGUUCACGAGGCUGGUCAUUGGUUUGGUCUGAACCAUACCUUUGCUGGUGGAUGUUCUGACACGGCGGGCGACUUUGUUGCAGAUACACCAGCACAGAGGACUGAGGUGUACGGGUGCCCAUCUGACUCGGAUACGUGCCCGGAUCUGCCGGGUCUCGAUCCCGUUCACAACUUUAUGGGCUACGCUGAUGACUCUUGUACCAACGAGUUCACUCCUGGACAGAAGGAGCGCAUGUUCUCAACAUUUUUUGGAUGGCGUAGAAAAUAG